AUGCGUCGGUUGACGCUGUGUACGCUCCUUGCUGUAAUCUUUGCCGCCGCUUGCGCCCCGCAAGGUCGCGCCGAAAGUACUACGUCAGAAAUCACCGGUACUGUAAUCGGGAUCGAUCUCGGCACGACGUAUUCAUGCGUUGGCGCUUAUGUAAACGGCAAAGUGGAAAUCAUCGCAAAUGAUCAAGGAAACAGGAUUACACCAUCUUACGUGGCGUUCACCGACACCGAGAGAUUGAUCGGCGACUCCGCCAAGAACCAAGCAUCUGCGAAUCCCACGCGCACUGUCUUCGACGCGAAGCGCCUCAUCGGACGGAAAUUCACCGACAAGGAAGUCCAACGUGAUCUCAAGAUGUUUCCAUUCAAAAUUGUCGACAAGGAUAGCAAGCCGUGCAUCGAAAUCGAACUCAAAGAUGGCAAGAAGAUUUUUCAAGCUGAAGAAAUUUCCGCGAUGGUUCUCACUAAAAUGAAGGAAACUGCUGAGGCAUACCUCGGCAAGGACAUCAAGAACGCCGUGGUGACGGUUCCCGCCUAUUUCAAUGAUGCCCAGCGUCAAGCCACCAAAGAUGCGGGAAUCAUCGCUGGUCUAAACGUGGCAAGAAUUAUCAACGAGCCUACUGCCGCGGCAAUCGCUUACGGCUUGGACAAAAAGGGCGAGAAAAAUAUCCUCGUCUUCGAUCUUGGCGGAGGGACCUUUGACGUAUCCAUUCUUACCAUUGACAACGGCGUGUUCGAAGUGAUCUCGACGAACGGAGAUACUCACUUGGGCGGCGAAGAUUUUGACCAACGCAUCAUGGAGUACUUCAUCAAACUGAUCAAGCGCAAGCACGGCAAGGACAUCUCGAGCGAUUCGAAAGCAGUACAAAAACUCAGGCGAGAAGCCGAAAGAGCAAAGCGAACACUGUCGAAUCAGCAUCAAGUGCGCGUCGAAAUCGAAGCUCUCUUCGAUGGUAUGGACUUUUCCGAACCCCUCACCAGAGCUCGAUUUGAGGAACUCAACAACGACCUCUUCCGCAAGACGAUGGGUCCAGUGAAGAAAGCCAUGGAUGACGCGGGUAUGAAAAAGAGUGAAAUCGACGAGAUCGUUCUCGUCGGUGGCUCGACGCGAAUCCCUAAAGUUCAGGAUCUUCUUCGAGACUUCUUUGAUGGUAAGGAACCGAAUAAGGGGGUCAACCCAGACGAGGCAGUGGCAUACGGCGCUGCUGUUCAGGGGGGCAUUUUAUCCGGUGAAGGUGGUGAUGAAACGAAAGACAUCCUCUUACUCGAUGUUGCUCCGCUCACUCAAGGGAUUGAGACCGUAGGGGGCGUUAUGACGAAGCUCAUUCCUCGUAACACGGUCAUCCCUACGAAGAAGUCGCAAACUUUUACAACGUAUCAAGACAACCAACAGACGGUGAUGAUUCAAGUUUUUGAAGGUGAGCGAGCGAUGACGAAAGAUAAUCACCUCUUGGGUAAGUUUGAGCUCACGUCAAUCCCUCCAGCCCCUCGUGGCGUGCCACAGAUCGAGGUGACGUUUGAAAUCGAUGCGAACGGUAUCCUGAACGUUGGCGCCGAAGACAAGGGGACUGGAAAGUCUGAAAAAAUUACCAUCACCAACGACAAGGGAAGAUUGUCGCAAGAAGAGAUCGAGCGCAUGGUCGAAGAGGCUGAAGAAUUUGCCGAGGAAGAUCGAAAGACGAAGGAACGAAUCGACUCACGUAACAGUCUCGAGACGUUUGCCUACAACAUGAAAAACACCGUCUCUGAUUCUGACAAGCUCGCUGAUAAGCUCGAAGAAGACGAUAAGAGCACUAUUGAAGAAGCCGUUAAGGAAGCCCUCGACUGGCUGGAUGACAAUCAAAGUGCUGAGAAAGAUGACUACGAUGAGCAACUCAAGAAACUUGAGGAAGUGUGCAAUCCGAUAGUGGCCAAGGCGUACCAGAGUGGUUCCGCUGAUGACUCAGAAACCGUCGAUGAACACGACGAGCUAUAA